UUUUUCAAACAAACCGGAAGCUGUGGGCACGGAGCAGAGCCGUGGAUGAAGGGAGCACUCCGGAGGGGGAGAAGAAGAAGAACAGCAGCUGGUGGAGAACAGGAAGCGUCGUUCACCAUGAAAGCUACAGCUAAACACAAGGCGGUGACAUCAGGGAGGCUGACGGGAGGAGCCAAGGUGCAGCCGCCCAGACGACAAGUGAAUCCGGGGCCGCCCGCCCGCCCCCCCGAGCCGGCCUACUCCCUGUACUCCACAGACCCAGAGGAGCAGGUCACCACUCUCCACCAGGGUCUGGACCGCUGUGCUGCCUUGCUCAGCGGCAUCCUCCAGGCUGACACCACAGAAGCCUCGCCAAGACUUCAUAGAGCAGGGACGUGUGGAGCAGCCAAAUCAAGACCAUCCACCUCACUGGGGAAGAAGUCCAUUAAGAAAGUACCUAAAAAGACAGUGCACAAGAAUCCUCCGUCAGGCCAGCGAGGAGCAGGCAGCACCACUCCAACACCCCAGUCCCCCACUCCAGCUGCACACUCAGGGGUGAAGCUGCAUCCAACUCUGAGGCGAGUUCACACCAAAGCUCACCACUCCCCCUAUGCCCCUCCACCCCAGCCCCAUCCCUCCAUCCCCCUCCACCCCAGCCCCAGGCCUCCAUCCCUCCACCCCACACCACUGUCCUCCUGUCUGUGCACCAGUCAUCCUCUCAGCCACCUCCUGGUCAGGCAGAGUGCCUGUCUAGUGACGAGCAGGAGUUUGUUCCCGUGA